AUGGGCGAAGUUGCUGUGGAACAUCCGCUGAAUGUGAUUCCACCGCACAAGAGGCAAACGCCAUCAAAUAUACCAAGCAUCGACAUCGAAGGCAUCAUUAACGAUGAUAGCGAUGAAUACUCGACACUGAAGAGACUUCAAAGACAUCUCGAGUACAUCAACCUACAAGAAGAAUACAUUAAGGAUGAGCAGAGGAGCCUGAAGAGAGAGCUGGUACGAGCUCAGGAAGAAAUCAAGCGGAUACAGAGUGUUCCCUUGGUCAUCGGCCAAUUCAUGGAAGCAAUCGAUCAGAACACCGGUAUCGUGCAAUCAUCAACAGGUUCAAACUAUGUUGUCCGCAUCCUUUCCACCCUCGAUCGAGAAAAGCUCAAGCCAUCAUCAUCUGUCGCCCUUCACCGUCACUCAAAUUCUCUCGUUGACAUACUGCCGCCUGAAGCCGAUUCAUCUAUAGCCAUGCUCGGUGCUCACGAAAAGCCCGAUGUGACAUACGCAGAUGUUGGGGGCUUGGAUAUGCAGAAGCAGGAGAUUCGGGAAGCUGUGGAGCUGCCAUUGACGCAUUUUGACCUCUACAAGCAAAUUGGGAUUGACCCGCCUCGUGGUGUCCUCCUGUACGGUCCUCCCGGCACUGGCAAGACCAUGCUGGUCAAAGCGGUGGCCAACAGCACAACGGCAAAUUUCAUUCGCGUCGUGGGCUCAGAGUUCGUACAAAAAUACCUGGGAGAGGGACCACGUAUGGUGCGCGAUGUGUUCCGAAUGGCGAGAGAAAACUCGCCUGCCAUCAUUUUCAUCGAUGAGAUUGAUGCUAUAGCAACGAAACGGUUCGAUGCUCAGACGGGUGCAGACCGAGAGGUGCAGCGCAUCCUGCUGGAGCUACUGAACCAGAUGGAUGGCUUUGACCAGACCAGCAAUGUCAAAGUCAUCAUGGCUACAAACCGAGCCGACACUUUGGAUCCUGCUCUACUACGCCCAGGUCGUCUGGACCGAAAGAUUGAAUUCCCUUCAUUACGAGACCGUCGGGAAAGACGAUUGAUUUUCACGACCAUUUCCGCGAAGAUGUCACUUUCGCCCGAGGUUGACUUGGAUUCUCUCAUCAUCCGCAAUGAUCCAUUAUCAGGAGCAAUAAUAGCGGCCAUUAUGCAAGAGGCGGGAUUGAGGGCUGUCAGAAAGAACAGAUACAACAUCAUUCAAUCGGAUUUGGAGGAUGCUUAUUCUAGCCAAGUGAAGGGGGAGGCAAGCGAUGUCAAAUUCGAUUUCUACAAGUAG